AUGUUAGAUCAUUUAAAUAAUCAACGCGGUAUUAAACUCAAUAAAUUAAAAUUCAAUGAUGACAAUACGUACGUAGCAACUAGUGAAACAGUGGCUGUAGAAAAAAUUCUAGCAUUGACACCAUUAUGCACUCAAAUAACCACAAUAAAAAAUAUAGAGUGUAUGUCUGAUGGAGAAUACGUAUCAUUUAUUUGUAAAGUUGUUGAAAUUGGUUCUGACGAGUCCGUACUACUCAACAAUGGGUCAAAGCGCAUUCAAAAAUUAAAAAGAACUACAGUUAUUGCAGAUAAUACCAAUUCUAUAAUUAUGAAUAUAUGGGAAAAUCAUUUUGAUAUAAUUAAAAAAGAUGUAUGCUACAAAAUAAAACUAGCCAAAGCGAAAAUGUUCAAUAAUGAAAUUACAUUAACAACAACAGCACAUACUACUUUCGAAACAAUAGAAGACAUCCAUAUCAUCAAUAUUUCCACAACACCACAAAUAUCAACAGAAUCAGUUGUAAUUGGUACAAUAACAUCAAUAGGUCGAGUACAAGAAACUUGUAAAUGUCCAAAAUGUUAUUCAACUGAUGUGGAAUGCAAUGGAAAAACAAUCAAAUGUACGACGUGCAAUUCAAGAUCAGUAUACCUAACAAAGUCAACAACUUCAGAAAAACUUACUCUUAGUAUUCUCGAUACUAAUCAAAUCACAUUAGAAUUUACAGUCGAUAUAUCUAAACUUUGCGAAUUACUAGAAAGAUGUGGCCGUCAAGAUCUCUGUAACAACGAUUUAGUUGAUCACGAAGACGUUCUAUUAACACUCUCUUCUAUAACUGUUUUUGUUCAUUACAAUACAAGAAAUAUGCAGAUAAAUAACAUAGUAUUAAAUAAUAUCGAUAACAAAUAA